ACCACCCCUAUUUUUGGCAAUCACAAAUUCAAAACAACUUCAACUUCGACGACAACGACGAACCCCUCAGCCACCACCACAUCUCUCUCUCUUUAUCUCCGGCGAGGUUUAUGUUCAUGCAAUCUUCACUUUCAUUUCCUUCUUUCUUCUACCUCCACUAGUUCUCUUUCUCCCGCGCAAAAUGGUGGAAACUACGCUACCUGUUAAUGAUGGUGAUGAUGCCUCCGAUGAAUGUCUUCUUUUGCUGGAAUCUAAUAGUGGGGAUCGAUCUUGGAUGCUGAACUUUGAUGGGUUUCAGUUUUCUGAGUAUAAGGAGAAACCUCCUCGUGGCCUACAUGACUGUCUUGGAGUUUUAGGUCCAGAAGACAAUGUUGCCGAGUACUAUCAGCAGCAAGUAGAAAUGCUUGAGGGAUUUACCGAGAUGGAUGCCUUAACAGAGCGAGGCUUCGUCCCAGGAAUGUCAAAGGAGGAGAAGGAAAAAUUGGCCAAAAGUGAGACAUUUGCCAUUAGAAUUUCAAAUGUCGCGAACAUGAUUCUUUUUGCUGCUAAAGUUUAUGCAUCUGUCAAGAGUGGUUCGUUAGCAAUUGUUGCGUCCACAUUGGACUCACUUCUUGAUCUGCUCUCGGGAUUUAUCCUGUGGUUUACAGCAUUCUCCAUGCAGACGCCAAGUCCCUAUCAAUAUCCAAUUGGAAAGAAGCGUAUGCAGCCACUGGGAAUCCUUGUUUUCGCUUCGGUCAUGGCAACUCUAGGACUUCAGAUUAUAUUGGAAUCGGUUCGCUCUCUUGUAUCCAAUGAUAGUGAGUUCAAUCUGACCAAGGAGCAAGAACAAUGGGUGGUUGGCAUUAUGCUCUCUGUAACAAUGGUUAAACUGUGUCUUGCUAUUUAUUGUCGAUCUUUCAAAAAUGAGAUUGUCAAAGCCUAUGCUCAAGAUCACUUUUUUGAUGUCAUCACUAAUAUGAUUGGCCUUAUAGCUGUCAUCCUUGCUAACUACAUAAGCGACUGGAUGGACCCUGUUGGCGCUAUCAUUCUGGCAUUGUAUACCAUACGAACUUGGUCAUUAACUGUAUUGGAGAAUGUAAACUCCCUGGUGGGAAAAUCUGCCACUCCAGAGUUCCUGCAGAAACUUACAUACCUAUGUUGGAAUCACCAUAAAGCUGUAAGGCACAUCGAUACAGUCAGGGCCUACACUUUUGGGUCCCACUACUUUGUAGAAGUGGAUAUCGUCUUGCCUGCAGACAUGCCCUUACAAGAGGCACACGAUAUAGGCGAGUCUUUGCAGGAGAAGCUCGAAUUGCUUCCUGAAAUUGAACGUGCUUUUGUUCAUCUGGAUUACGAGUACUCGCACAAACCCGAACAUGCACAAACCCAUCUUUAAGAGCCUGAAUGAAACAAUGCAGUCAAAACCAGGGUAUGACCGGUUCCGUCCAAUGAACUGGCUAAGUAAAAUCCCUGAGCUUUUCCCAACACAGCCGAGUCCAGUUCGUGGCCUUCGGUCAGUUCGUUAUCAACGACGGUUAUCGAUCCAAACAUUACCUGUUGGAGGGUGAGUCCGGCUGGGAGCUGACCUGCAGAAACGAAGGGGAGGUUUCCAUUGCCGACGGAUGCCACGUUGUUGUUGCCGGUGUUUUGGAUAACGGAGUUAGCUCCGGCAACAUUCUGUUGGCCGUUGAGGCCGACCAGGAACGGCAUGUUGUUGUUGUUGAUGACUCCGGUUAGGGUAUUUAGCGGGAUUCCUCCGUUUAUCGGGAAAACUUGGUUGUUGGUUUUCGAGAACGGGAGGUUGUUCACGUCGGAAUUCGCAACGAUUCCCGUUACCACCCUCCCUGAUGGACGGGUCCCACCCAGGAUGUCGUGCAUGAAGAAAGAUAACGCACCGGUUGUUCCCUGGGCCGAUGACGCUGCAGCUGGUGUCGUCCCGGUUGCCACAUUAGCGACGGGGGCUGCGACGACAGGUGCCGUGCCAACAACAGGGGCUGGGGCUGCGACGACAGGCGUUGGGACGACCUGGCCACCUGGCAAAGUGGUGUCGGGCUCGGCCACAGGUACUUCCACGUCAACAACGGGUGUGGUGACGAUGGGGGCAACGACGGGUGCUGGGACCUGGCCACUUGGCAAAAUGGUGCCAACAACAGGGGUGGUGACGAUUGGGGCAACAACAACGGGUGUUGGGACCUGACCACUUGGCAAAAUGGUGCCAGGCUGGUCAACAGGUUCCACAUCAUCGGGCGAUGUGGCAGGUAAGUCAGCCGGGAAAGCGAAUUGGGGAUUCACUUCGUCGAGGAAACGGGCGGAGGAGGUGCAGCCUAUAGUGAGGGCAAGGAGGAAGAUAUAGUAGGGGAAGUUGGUAGCCAUUGGGGAGAUUGAAGCACUUCUGUUUGCAAAUUGCUAAUAGAAGAGAAAGCUUUGGUUUGUGAAGAAGAUGAGUGAAAGGCUGUUUAUAUAUGAGAAGAAGAAGAUGUGGAGCUGAUGAAAUCAAUGGAGUUAGUAAAUUUACUUGCUCCAUUCUUAGCUAGAAUCACAAUAAUAUAAUUGUUCAAGAUAGUUUGUUGUAUGGCUUCCUUCACACUUUAAUUCAAAACUUAAUAAAUAUUUUGACUUUC